UGAAGGGGCUUGGUUAUUUAGGGAGACAGUCAUACGUUAAUGUAAAAUAGCAAAUUAAUCAUUUUAAGCACAUCACAUAAAGCUAUCCAGAUGGCGCCGUCUGCGCAUUUAGCGUGUGUUGUAUAACAGAACGUCAGUCUCGGUGCAAUAGUUGAGAGUCACCAUGCCGCAGAAGCUUUUAAAAAGUGCCCACUACAUAGAGCUGGGAAGUUACCAGUACUGGCCAGUUCUCGUUCCGAGGGGGAUACGAUUGUACACAUAUGAACAGAUUCCACAGUUUCUGAGAGAAAACCCCUACAUAACAGACGGGUACAGAGCCUACUUACCGGCAAGAAUGUGUAUAAAAAGCUUAUUCAUCCUGUCCAAUGAGACGGUGAACAUCUGGAGUCACCUGCUGGGGUUCCUCCUGUUCUUUUCUCUGGGGGUGUAUGACAUGAGCACGGUGCUGCCCGCCGCGGGGGCGUCCAGAGAGGACUAUGUCAUCUACUCCAUAGGGCUCUUCUGCUUCCAGGUGUGUAUGCUGUGCUCAGUUGGGUAUCACCUGUUCUGCUGCCACCGCUCAGAGAAGACCAGCCGUCGCUGGAUGGCGCUGGACUACACGGGGAUCUCGAUUGGAAUCCUCGGCUGCUACGUGCCGGGGGUCUUCUACGCCUUCUACUGCAACAACUACUGGCGGCAGGUGUACCUGAUCACCGUGCUGGCCAUGAUCCUGGCGGUGUUCUUCGCCCAGAUCCACCCGCAUUACCUCACCCAGCAGUGGCACCGCCUGCGCUCCAUCAUCUUCUGCUCCGUGGCCGGCUACGGCGUCAUCCCCACGAUCCACUGGGUGUGGCUCAGCGGGGGCUUCGGCGCCGACAUCAUCCAGGCGUUUGUCCCUCGUGUUUUAGUGAUGUACUUGAUUGCUGCUGCGGCCUUCCUCUUUUACGUCUCCAAAGUUCCGGAGCGGUACUUUCCAGGGCAGUUGAAUUACCUGGGUGCCAGUCACCAACUGUGGCACAUACUGGUAGUGCUGAUGUUCUACUGGUGGCACCAGUCUGCAGUCUACAUCACCCACUACAGACACAGCCAGCCCUGUCCGGACCACUCACUCCAUGCCUAGGGCCCUACAUCCAGCCCUGCCCGGACUACUCGCUACACACCAAGGGCCCUACUGCCAACCCUGCUUGGACUACUCGCUACAUGCUAAGGGCCCUACAGUGAAACUUGCUUGGACAAUCCACUCCACACCAAGGGCCCUACGUCUAGCCUUCCUUAGAUUUGUUUCUCCAUCCCAAAGGCCCGGAACUACUGACUCCAUGCCUCGGGCCCCAUGGCCAGUCCUGCUUUGACUACUUUUUCCACCCAUAAAGCCCUGCGUAGAGUACCGCUUCUUGCCUGUAGCCUUGCAGUCCGUCCUGCCGAGGCUCCACGCUUGCCUUUGCCCUGCUUACGCCACCAAGGCCACGCCCACAGCCUGUCAGUCGCUAAGCAUUGUGAUGCCACUGCAUUCCCUCACCGGGGUCCAGGAGUGACCCUCUUUUCUCACAGUCAGAUUUUAUUUAUUUUCUGUGUAUAGUCUGACAGUCUACUGAUCUUUUUUAAAUA